UGUAUACGAGUACAAAGUUCGAAAUUAGUGUAGAGGGCCUCACUGAGCUGCGCGAAACAAGUACGUUCUCUCGUUGAACGAAUAACACAAGGUUGGCCAACACAAAGGCAACGUCGCAUCACUUUCCAAGUGGAAACACUCGAUUCGCUCGCCAGAUGUCACAACACGUUCGUCUUUUUUACCGCGAACCGAACAAAAGUUUAUUAUCCGCGGUUGCUUCGAAUCAUUCGUAACUCUUAUCUACAGAUUCAGUGCGAUCUACGUUAUUGAAAAGUUUCAGUGAAAAAAAGAUCGGCGUCGCUUGCAUUCGAUUCUGCGUCUACUCGAUUUUGAAAUCGAUCGGGUCGUUGAUACCGUGGAGGGCGGACAAUAAAAGUCGAAUAAACCCGGCUUGUGCGCGUGCGAUAAAAACGAGAAAUUCUGAGAGAGGAGGAUUUUCUGGCAGUCACAGACAUUUCAUUCGUUCGAAAAGUUCGCGUCACUUUGCCAUUUCUAACCUAGAAAGACGAAAUGGCAGAAUCGGAGCAAGACUUUGGAGAGCGUGGUGAUAGCGACAAUCUAAAAACGGAUAAGCUGUUUAUUUUGAAGAAAUGGAACGCAGUGGCCAUGUGGAGCUGGGACGUGGAGUGUGACACUUGCGCGAUUUGCCGGGUUCAAGUGAUGGAUGCCUGUCUUCGGUGUCAAGCGGAAAGCAAGAAGGAUGACGGCCGUCAGGAUUGCGUUGUCGUUUGGGGAGAAUGCAAUCAUUCGUUUCACUACUGCUGCAUGUCCCUUUGGGUGAAGCAGAACAACCGUUGCCCAUUGUGCCAGCAGGAGUGGUCCAUUCAACGAAUGGGAAAAUAACCGAAACGUGGAAGUGGAACGUCGUUAACCGGCGUCUCUUCCUUUAGUUCUACCAACUGUCUAUCUUGAUUCUUUCUUUUUUCCCCUUAUCGCUUUCGCAAUUUUUUUCUUUCUGAUUUAUACCCUUUGUUCUAUUCGAUCGCGACGAUAAAUGCAACCCGUCGCAAACUCACCGUUUAAACUUUCUCUUUCGAAAAUCAUAAAACUUCUUUCUCAAUCUAUCAUAACAAUUUAAUCUACCGCAAUAUAAAAUUUCAUUUUAAGACGCCGUUAUCGUGGAGACGUUGAUCCUUUUCAGCUGAAUAUCGAUCGCACAAUAAAAAACAAAUGUUAAUCUGAA